CCCCCCCCUGAGAUGGCCACCCACCCUGGUCACUGCAGUAACUUCAGCAGCUUCCAGGAGUCGCUGUGGCCAGUGCUGGCGGCACAAUUCCCGCCGGCGCUGCUGGGUAACGGCAUGGCCGUCUACCAUUUGGCCACCCGCGAGCGCUCCUGGCACAGCGGCAUCGUCUACUCCUUCCACCUGGCCGUCAGCGGGAUGCUCUACUCCCUCUCGCUGCCGUUUCUGGCGGCGUAUUACUAUCCACCCAAGGAUUGGCGCUACGGAGCGGUGCUGUGCAAGCUGGAACGGUUCCUUUUCAACUGCAACCUCUAUGGCGGCAUCUUCUUCGUCACCUGCAUCAGCCUCAACCGCUACCUCGGAAUCGUUUACCCGCUGCAGAUUCACGGACGGCUACGACCGCGCCACGCCAAGGCGCUGAGCGCGGUCAUUUGGGUGCUGGCCGCGGCGCUCUCGGCACCCACUUUUUUUUUUUCGGAGCUGCAAGAGGCGGAGGGUGUUAUCGAGUGUUUGGGGAGCGCGGCGCCGCAACGGCUGCAAGAGUUUUAUCCCUACAGCCUGCUGCUGGCCGGGCUGGGCUGCGGGCUGCCCUUCCUGCUCACCGCCUUCUGCUACGCCGCCAUCAUCCGCACCGUUUUCCGUAAUCCUCACCUCAGCCAGACGGAAAAACGGAAGGUGGGAAUGCUGGUGGGAGCGGGAGUAGCUCUCUAUGCCUUUUCCUACCUGCCCUACCAUAUUUUCCGUAAUCUCAAUCUAUGGCGUCGCCUGCUGCGACCGGGCACGGAGAAUUGCGCCGUCUCCAGAGCCAUCCACACCACCACUCAGGUCUGCAAGAUCCUGGUUAACCUCAACAUCUGCCUGCAACCGCUGCUCUACGCCGCCCUGGCUAAGAGCGUGCACAACUGCUGCGGUGCCAGCUGCGGCACCGGCACUGCCGCCGAGGAGCAGGCUGAGCGCGUGGAGCUGCAGCCGGCAACCUAGGAGCCCCCCGGGGUGGCCCAAGGCGGCUGGUACAGCCGCACAGGGCUCGGUGUGGCCCUCAGGCACGCGUUUCCCUCCUGGAAAGGGCGGCAGUAACAUGGGAGGAGGGAGAUUAAAACCGA